AUGGAAAAAUCGCCGUCUUUGGUUAUCUCCAGCCCCAAUAUUAAAUACACCGAAGAUUACAUAUAUGCAGACUACGAAUAUGAAGAGACUCUUGUUACUAGAAACGGCGACGAGAUCACGGCACGACCGAUCCGCAAAUCGUUGGGGAUCCGCACAGAUCGCCGCGUCGGCAAAGUCGGCGUGAUGCUGGUCGGCUGGGGUGGCAACAAUGGUUCCACCUUCACCGCAGCCGUCCUCGCCAACCGACACCAGCUAUCCUGGAACACGAAGAACGGAAAAAUGGACUCCAACUGGUGGGGUUCGAUCACACAGGCUUCUACAGUCCGACUUGGCAUCGAUGAGAAAGGAAACGACGUUCAUGUGCCGAUGUGCAACCUACUACCUAUGGUCCACCCUGAUGACUUGGUGAUCGACGGCUGGGACAUCAGCCCCCUGAAUCUCGCGGAGUCCAUGGUGCGCGCUAAAGUCAUCGACUUUGACCUGCAGCAGAAACUCAAGAAGGAUAUGGCUACGAUGAAGCCGCGCCCGGCUAUAUACGACCCCGACUUCAUUGCUGCUAAUCAGGCUGACCGAGCCACGAACCUCAUCCGCGGCACCCGCUACGAGCAGUACCUGCAGAUCCGCGCCGACAUCAAGGACUUCCGCGACAAGAACAAGCUUGAUAAGAUCGUCGUGCUGUGGACCGCUAACACUGAGAGGUUCUGCGAGGUCCGCGCGGGCGUGCACGACACCUCCGAGAACCUGGAGCGCGCUCUCCGCGACAACAACACCGAGAUCUCGCCCUCCACCAUCUUCGCACUCGCAGCCAUCGAUGAGGACUGCAUCUACAUAAACGGUUCGCCUCAGAACACGUUGGUAGCGGGUGUGGUGGAGCGCGCGGAACUGCGCGGUGUGUCUGUAGCGGGUGACGACUUCAAGUCCGGCCAGACCAAGCUCAAGUCAGUGCUGGUGGACUUCCUCGUGAGCGCCGGUCUGAAGCCGGUCUCCAUCGUGAGCUACAACCAUCUGGGUAACAACGAUGGCAAGAAUCUCUCUGCUCCCAAACAGUUCCGCUCCAAAGAGAUAACCAAGAGCAAUGUGGUGGACGACAUGGUGGAGUCCAACCAGAUCCUGUACAAGCCGGGGGAGAAGCCCGACCACGUGGUUGUCAUCAAAUACGUGCCUUAUGUCGGUGACUCCAAGCGCGCCAUGGACGAGUAUACAUCCGAGAUCCUGCUGCACGGAACCAACACCAUCGUAGUGCACAACACGUGCGAGGACUCGCUGCUAGCCGUGCCGCUCAUACUGGACCUGGUGCUGCUGGCCGAGCUGUUCGCCAGGCUCUCCUUCAAGGAGGGGGACCGCUCGUGGCAGAGCAUGCACGCGGUCCAGUCGCUGCUGUCGUACCUGCUGAAGGCGCCGCUGGUGCCGGCCGGCGCGCCCGUCGUCAACGCGCUGUUCCGGCAGCGCGCCGCGCUCGAGAACAUGCUGCGCGCCGCGCUCGCGCUGCCGCCCAACAACCAGCUCGCACUCGAGCACAAGGUAGGGAUACCGGCCGGUCAGGACAGAGGAAACAACGCGCUGUUCCGGCAGCGCGCCGCGCUCGAGAACAUGCUGCGCGCCGCGCUCGCGCUGCCGCCCAACAACCAGCUCGCACUCGAGCACAAGGUAGGGAUACCGGCCGGUCAGGACAGAGGAAACAACGCGCUGUUCCGGCAGCGCGCCGCGCUCGAGAACAUGCUGCGCGCCGCGCUCGCGCUGCCGCCCAACAACCAGCUCGCACUCGAGCACAAGGUAGGGAUACCGGCCGGUCAGGACAGAGGAAACAACGCGCUGUUCCGGCAGCGCGCCGCGCUCGAGAACAUGCUGCGCGCCGCGCUCGCGCUGCCGCCCAACAACCAGCUCGCACUCGAGCACAAGGUAGGGAUACCGGCCGGUCAGGACAGAGGAAACAACGCGCUGUUCCGGCAGCGCGCCGCGCUCGAGAACAUGCUGCGCGCCGCGCUCGCGCUGCCGCCCAACAACCAGCUCGCACUCGAGCACAAGGUAGGGAUACCGGCCGGUCAGGACAGAGGAAACAACGCGCUGUUCCGGCAGCGCGCCGCGCUCGAGAACAUGCUGCGCGCCGCGCUCGCGCUGCCGCCCAACAACCAGCUCGCACUCGAGCACAAGGUAGGGAUACCGGCCGGUCAGGACAGAGGAAACAACGCGCUGUUCCGGCAGCGCGCCGCGCUCGAGAACAUGCUGCGCGCCGCGCUCGCGCUGCCGCCCAACAACCAGCUCGCACUCGAGCACAAGGUAGGGAUACCGGCCGGUCAGGACAGAGGAAACAACGCGCUGUUCCGGCAGCGCGCCGCGCUCGAGAACAUGCUGCGCGCCGCGCUCGCGCUGCCGCCCAACAACCAGCUCGCACUCGAGCACAAGGUAGGGAUACCGGCCGGUCAGGACAGAGGAAACAACGCGCUGUUCCGGCAGCGCGCCGCGCUCGAGAACAUGCUGCGCGCCGCGCUCGCGCUGCCGCCCAACAACCAGCUCGCACUCGAGCACAAGGUAGGGAUACCGGCCGGUCAGGACAGAGGAAACAACGCGCUGUUCCGGCAGCGCGCCGCGCUCGAGAACAUGCUGCGCGCCGCGCUCGCGCUGCCGCCCAACAACCAGCUCGCACUCGAGCACAAGGUAGGGAUACCGGCCGGUCAGGACAGAGGAAACAACGCGCUGUUCCGGCAGCGCGCCGCGCUCGAGAACAUGCUGCGCGCCGCGCUCGCGCUGCCGCCCAACAACCAGCUCGCACUCGAGCACAAGGUAGGGAUACCGGCCGGUCAGGACAGAGGAAACAACGCGCUGUUCCGGCAGCGCGCCGCGCUCGAGAACAUGCUGCGCGCCGCGCUCGCGCUGCCGCCCAACAACCAGCUCGCACUCGAGCACAAGGUAGGGAUACCGGCCGGUCAGGACAGAGGAAACAACGCGCUGUUCCGGCAGCGCGCCGCGCUCGAGAACAUGCUGCGCGCCGCGCUCGCGCUGCCGCCCAACAACCAGCUCGCACUCGAGCACAAGGUAGGGAUACCGGCCGGUCAGGACAGAGGAAACAACGCGCUGUUCCGGCAGCGCGCCGCGCUCGAGAACAUGCUGCGCGCCGCGCUCGCGCUGCCGCCCAACAACCAGCUCGCACUCGAGCACAAGGUAGGGAUACCGGCCGGUCAGGACAGAGGAAACAACGCGCUGUUCCGGCAGCGCGCCGCGCUCGAGAACAUGCUGCGCGCCGCGCUCGCGCUGCCGCCCAACAACCAGCUCGCACUCGAGCACAAGGUAGGGAUACCGGCCGGUCAGGACAGAGGAAACAACGCGCUGUUCCGGCAGCGCGCCGCGCUCGAGAACAUGCUGCGCGCCGCGCUCGCGCUGCCGCCCAACAACCAGCUCGCACUCGAGCACAAGGUAGGGAUACCGGCCGGUCAGGACAGAGGAAACAACGCGCUGUUCCGGCAGCGCGCCGCGCUCGAGAACAUGCUGCGCGCCGCGCUCGCGCUGCCGCCCAACAACCAGCUCGCACUCGAGCACAAGGUAGGGAUACCGGCCGGUCAGGACAGAGGAAACAACGCGCUGUUCCGGCAGCGCGCCGCGCUCGAGAACAUGCUGCGCGCCGCGCUCGCGCUGCCGCCCAACAACCAGCUCGCACUCGAGCACAAGGUAGGGAUACCGGCCGGUCAGGACAGAGGAAACAACGCGCUGUUCCGGCAGCGCGCCGCGCUCGAGAACAUGCUGCGCGCCGCGCUCGCGCUGCCGCCCAACAACCAGCUCGCACUCGAGCACAAGGUAGGGAUACCGGCCGGUCAGGACAGAGGAAACAACGCGCUGUUCCGGCAGCGCGCCGCGCUCGAGAACAUGCUGCGCGCCGCGCUCGCGCUGCCGCCCAACAACCAGCUCGCACUCGAGCACAAGGUAGGGAUACCGGCCGGUCAGGACAGAGGAAACAACGCGCUGUUCCGGCAGCGCGCCGCGCUCGAGAACAUGCUGCGCGCCGCGCUCGCGCUGCCGCCCAACAACCAGCUCGCACUCGAGCACAAGGUAGGGAUACCGGCCGGUCAGGACAGAGGAAACAACGCGCUGUUCCGGCAGCGCGCCGCGCUCGAGAACAUGCUGCGCGCCGCGCUCGCGCUGCCGCCCAACAACCAGCUCGCACUCGAGCACAAGGUAGGGAUACCGGCCGGUCAGGACAGAGGAAACAACGCGCUGUUCCGGCAGCGCGCCGCGCUCGAGAACAUGCUGCGCGCCGCGCUCGCGCUGCCGCCCAACAACCAGCUCGCACUCGAGCACAAGGUAGGGAUACCGGCCGGUCAGGACAGAGGAAACAACGCGCUGUUCCGGCAGCGCGCCGCGCUCGAGAACAUGCUGCGCGCCGCGCUCGCGCUGCCGCCCAACAACCAGCUCGCACUCGAGCACAAGGUAGGGAUACCGGCCGGUCAGGACAGAGGAAACAACGCGCUGUUCCGGCAGCGCGCCGCGCUCGAGAACAUGCUGCGCGCCGCGCUCGCGCUGCCGCCCAACAACCAGCUCGCACUCGAGCACAAGGUUCCCUUCUUAAUGAAAGACCUGCACAGUGGCGUGCUGUUCAACUCGCCGCCGAACAAGAAGCAGAAGCUGACGCACGCCAACGGUGACCAGUGAGCACCACACCAUCACCUACCCAGCACCUCACCAUCAUCUACCCAUCAAUCACCCCUAUAUACCACCACCACGGCACAAAACUAUUCAGGAGCAAACCUAUAUCAUAUCUCUGAAUAAUCUGAAUACAACGCCAUCUGUGGACCAUUAUAGAAGCUUAUCGUUGAAAUUUCAAAAUCUAAGUGUUAAAGACGUACUUAAAUUCUAUUAGAAGUUAAGGCUAUGCUUAUAUUAUUUAAAGGAAAUUAUUUUUUUUAUUUACAUUUUUAUUUUUUGCUCUGGAUAGUAUUAUUAAGUUAGCACUUGCACUUAUCGUUCUAGUUUGGUUUCGGUUAAGUUCUGUGAUAAUGUGUGAUGAACAUUCGUACUGAUAUAGUUAAGAUGCUUAACUAAAAACUUAUUUAUUUUGAAAAAUAAUUGACGUAAGUUUAACGUAUACCAGUCUGUUUAUGCAAGUGACAAAUUGUGAAAAGCGUUAGCGCUAAUCAAAUUGCUCUAAUUUGGAAGUCACGUGAUUUAUGUCAUAUCCAUACAUUUUUUGCAAAUUGUCACUUGUAUAGGAGUCUUUUAACUUUGGAAAAAUUUACACGUUUCUUUCUACCCUCCCAGGGCCCUAUUUCAAUCGUGUCAACAAAUUUGGAGUAUAUUUACAACAUAUAUUUUUGUAUGUUUUCAUCCUUCACCGUCUUUGGACACCUUAGUAUACCAUCUAUUUAUUUCAUCUGCCAUUCCACAUGUACGUAGAAUCUCGAAUUACAGUAUUAUAGAUGCGCUAAAGCGUUUUAUUAAUAAUUCGCCAUAUUAAAUAUGAAUUUCAUUUAAAAUCUCAGUAUUUUGCUAAGUUAACGAUUGUACGAAGGUUGCAUUUACUUAGUUUUUUGAUUCGCAGAUUUCAAGCACACAAUAUAAACAUGUAGGUUUAACAUUAUACUUAUUACAGAGUAAUGUAUUAUUAGUUAUUCUUUAUAACACAAGCCUCUGUGAACUGUGACAUUUUUACAGCGUUAACAGUGACAGAAAUGUCAAAAAUGUAUGGUCAUGACAUUUUGAUAGGUCAUGUGACCAAGAUUUGUCACUUUCAUACAUUUUACCGAUUCAUUUAAUGUUAACGUCUGUACAAUUGUUUCUUGUCUAUGGAGGAGGGAGCAGUUAUCAGUAUUGUUUUCUUAUUUUGAUUAAGUUUCAUUUAAGAAAAUAUUAAUUUGAUUUAUUGUAAUCCUGUGUGCGUUUAUGUUAAAAUAAAAUGAUU